UCCGUUAGCUGUCAGUAGAAUGUUUUCCUCCUGACCAUGGACCAAAGUCAGCGCCGCCACCAGCGACCAGCGUCUUAAAUGUGCCCAGAGUUUAAGGGAAACAACCCGCUGUGAACUUUCGGCGCUUUAAAGCAACAAUAAUGUCCACAGCGAGCUGUUUUCGGAGACUUGAGGUGUGUGAGUACAAACUUGGGCACUGCCGUCGCUCCCAGACGCACUGACGAGAACGAGCUAUCAGCCGCUGAAGUUACGGAGCUUUAAAAGUUGUCUCCGUCCUCCAAGAAGAGUUUCAGCCGCUUUGUAAGGUUUGUACAUUUUGGUAAUGGACGCAGAACAUUUGUAAGUAGCCGUGAACUAUGUUAGCUACCCCGACGACUGGUGUGGAGUAGGACCGGGGUGGAACAGGAUCUACAGGAGCUGGGCGGGGAGCCCGGCUGCUCCGUUGCGAUGGGCAACCGCGGGAUGGAGGAGCUGAUCCCGCUGGUCAACCGGCUGCAAGAUGCGCUUGGCAGCGUGGGACAGAACUGCAGCCUCCACCUGCCCCAGAUCGCUGUGGUGGGCGGGCAGAGCGCAGGCAAGAGUUCUGUGCUGGAAAACUUUGUGGGCAGAGACUUCCUUCCACGGGGGUCAGGAAUUGUCACUCGCAGACCUUUAAUCCUCCAGCUGCUUAGCGCUAACACAGAGUACGGUGAAUUUUUCCACUGUAAAGGAAAGAAGUUCACAGACUUUACCGAGAUCUGCAAAGAGAUCGAGGCCGAGACACGCAGAGUCACAGGAUCCAAUAAAGGAAUCUCUCCUGUCCCCAUCAGCCUACGGAUUUAUUCACCACACGUGCUGAACCUGACUCUUGUGGACCUGCCUGGCAUCACCAAGGUGCCUGUAGGCGACCAGCCGGCAGACAUAGAGUACCAGAUACGAGACAUGAUCAUGCAGUUCAUCUGUAAGGAAAACUGUCUCAUCCUCGCUGUCACACCAGCCAACACUGACCUCGCCAACUCUGAUGCACUAAAACUGGCCAAAGAUGUUGACCCACAGGGCCAGCGCACAAUUGGUGUGAUCACUAAGCUGGAUCUGAUGGAUGAAGGAACAGAUGCCCGGCAGAUAUUAGAGAACAGGUUGCUUCCACUACGCAGAGGUUACAUAGGGGUGGUGAACCGCAGUCAGAAGGACAUUGAUGGGAAGAAGGAUAUUAAGGCAGCGCUGCUUGCAGAGAAGAACUUCUUCCUGUCCCAUCCAGCCUACAAACACAUGGCUGAAAACAUGGGCACCCCAUAUUUACAAAGAACACUUAACCAGCAACUGACGAACCACAUCCGGGACACUCUGCCAGCCUUCCGGAGUCACCUGCAGAGCCAGCUUCUAGCCUUGAACAAAGAGGCUGAAGAGUACAGACAGUAUAGUCCUGACGACCCUGCACGCAGGACCAAGAUAAUGCUACAGUCAGUUCAGCGCCUGGCUGUCGACUUUGAGAAGCUGAUCGAGGGCUCAGGCGAUAAAGUAGACACCGUGAAUCUGUCAGGAGGAGCUAGGAUCAACCGAAUCUUUCAUGAGCGCUUCCCCUAUGAACUGGUCAAGAUUGAGUCAGAUGAGAGCAAGCUGCGGCGGGAGAUCAACUACGCCAUCAGAAACAUCCAUGGUGUCAGGACAGGUCUGUUCACGCCUGACAUGGCCUUUGAAGCCAUAGUGAAGAAACAGAUGUCGAGGCUAAAGGGGCCGUGUAUUCAGUUUGUUGAAAUGGUCAGCCAAGAGCUCAUCAACACUGUGAGCCAGUGUAUCAGCGAGCUGAGUUCUUUUCCCAAACUACAAAAUGAGACAGAGAGAAUUGUAACCACUGAGAUACGAGAGCAAGAGAGUAAAUGCAGGGAUCAGGUUUUGUUGCUCAUUGACAUCCAGCUCGCCUACAUAAAUACCAAACAUGAAGAUUUCAUCGGCUUCACUAAUGCCCAGCAGACAUACAACCAAAGCAAUAAGAAGACUGUUGCAGGGACGGCAGGAAAUCAUGGUGUGGCCCCUCCUUCAAGACUAAUAGUCAUACGCAAGGGCUGGCUGACCAUCAGCAACAUCGGCAUCAUGAAAGGUGGAGCCAAGGAGUACUGGUUUAUCCUCAGCGCAGAGAGCCUGUCCUGGUUCAAGGAUGAUGAGGAGAAGGAGAAGAAGUACAUGCUUCCCCUGGACAACCUAAAGCUCAGAGACGUGGAGAAGGGCUUCAUGUCCAGCAAAUUUGUCUUUGCUAUCUUCAACACAGAGUUAAGGAAUGUGUACAAGGACUACAAAUGCCUGGAGUUGGCCUGUGACUCUCAGGAGGAGCUGGACAGCUGGAAGGCUUCUCUGCUGCAGGCCGGAGUCUACCCCGAGAGAGUCACCGUGGACGGCCAGGGAAACGGAGCUCCAGAGAACUUCACUGACCCCCAGCUGGAGCGUCAGGUGGAAACUAUUCGUAACCUGGUCGAAUCCUACAUGAGCAUCAUCUAUAAGACCAUCAAGGACUUAAUGCCAAAGACUGUUAUGCACCUCAUGAUCAACAACGUGAAGGAGUUCAUUAGCUCUGAGCUCCUGGCGCAGCUCUACGCUCUGGGAGAAUGCUCUGCGCUGAUGGAUGAGUCACCGGAGCAGCAGCGGCACCGGGAGGAGGUGCUCCGCCAGCACGCUGCCCUGAAGGAGGCGCUCAAUGUCAUUGGAAAGUUCUCUACCUCCACCUGCACUACUCCUCUGCCUCCACCUGUAGACUCCUCCUGGAUACAGCCCCCCAGCCCGACACUCCCCAAAAAGUCACCGACCAGUGGCAGGCCAACAGUUCGUGGCCAUGCCCCAUCUGCCCCUCGGGUGCCCACUCACAAUGCUUCCCCGAGCACUGACGGCCUUCAUCAGCUCGCUCGCCAACACCACCGUGCUCCACCUAGUGUACCAAGGAGACAACCUCCAGCUAUCCCAAACGUGAAAUAACAGUCCUCUGUCCUCAGAACUCCAUUACCCAUCCACCCCAGUGAUCCCUCCAGCUGCAGCUCACUGCUGCCCAGAGACACUCAUGACCUGUGUGAUGUGUAAUCCAGCUGAAGCACGAUGCUGGGCUUCUCUCUGUCUCCUCCGGGAGCUGCUGUCUGCAAAAUUCACUGAGGCUUGAGCCUGUUUUGUACAUAUUAUCACCGGCCAUAAAUGCCGGAAUGUGCUCGACCGUCUGCGGACUUUCUUCAAGUGCCUGAACUUUGUGUAAAUAGAAAUCCCAAUUUUGAACUGUUCUUCUAAAAGAGAAUACACACACACUAUUUUCACUGUUUUUAAAUAAACAGGUUUAUUUUUGAA